GCAGAAAAAGAAUAAGUCUCAGGUACAAUUAUAUUUUAAGCAUAUUUUUACGAUGCGGAUUGAUAGUGCUUGGACGGAUAAAAAUCAGUAUGGGGUCCGAAGUAAGUUCACAGGGCUUGAAACACUUUUAUUCCAAGUAGUAGUAGCCAAAAUAAGCACUUUAUAUGACUCCAUCGUGUGUAUUAUACUUAAGCAUAUUUUCUGAUUUCGACCCCAGCAAGUUUGUUGCUGCUGCUGCUCUAGCUUCUGGUGCUGGCACUGCUGUCAAAAAGAAGGAAGAAGCCAAAAAGGCGGAGUCGGGGUCCGAGGAAGGCUAAAGUAUAUUUUCUGAUUUCGCUUCUAAAAUCCCGUUAUUUUCAGUCCAAACUAGCAUUCAUAUUUUUCUUUAUAUUUCCACAAUUGUUUUUGUAUUUUUUUUCAGAAGAUAGGCUCAAAUUUUCUUCGAAACGUUAAUCAGAGACGACAUAUGUACAUACUUUUAAACGCCACUGUCAGUUGAAUGAAAACUCUGGUGGCAAUCCCAAGAGGCGUUCAUAUUCACGCGGCAAAAGACAAUUUUUUAGCCCCGUGUUGAGCUUCCACAUAAAACAUACAUAUUCACACAUACAUAUACAAAUGUACAUACAUAAAUAAUCCAGCUUAGUAUGUAGGCAUUUAGAUAUUAUGUACGCGUACUCAUCCGCAGCACCAACGAAGAAAGUUCACAAAGCAAUAGAAGAAUUUCUCUUCGAAGCCAAAAGAAAUGAGCGCAUGAAAGAAAACUCCAACGGACUCAGACCAACUCGAAGCGGCUCAAUGCCAUGGCAUUGGCAUUGCCAAAGAGACAUUGGAAGCCAGCACAUUGGCUGAUGAGAUGGAAUUCCAUGGCUGGCCAGCGGUUUUGUGUUGUUGCGCUGUUGCGCCACAUCCAGAGGUUCAAUGUUUAGGUUACUCAUAUUAAUAUUUCAGUUGAGUGGCAGCUUUUGACGGAACUUGUUCUACUUUCUGUAAUAAAACGGAAUUAUAAGCGCCGAAGUGCUUUUGUAAUUCAAGGAAAAGUGUUUGAGUUGAACAGUUACAACUACAAGAGGUGCAACUGAAGUCAAGUAAAAUAACUGUGUAAAUAGAAAAAAAAAAGAAUUGGAAAAGUUUCUGAAGUGCAUAUUUCGGAGAAUACGGAAAGUUCGUGAGAUGGAUUAUCGUCUGCUUUUGAAGAUUCUCUGCAUCUCGCUAAUCGCCGUUGACAGUUCUGCGCAAACACCGAAUGAUUAUGGCGAGGAGCCGCCCGAGGGAUACUACGCAUUUGUCGAAUCGCCAAAUUCUGUGCCCCCAAAAGUGCGGCCACCGCCCUACACGCAUGUCAGUGCGGACUGCAAGAAUGUAGGUGGCAACAAAAAGGCCGCUGUUUCAGUUAACAACAUUUGUGGUGAUCUAAACAAAGGACAAAUUCCACAAAAUCCCAUGAGACAGAAUGUUCUCGGCGAACCGUAUCCAUUUGAGUUGAUACGUAACCAGACACUCAAGUUUUUAUCGAAAACAUUGCCGGUGCUUAAAGCUGACGACACUUUGCCCAAGGUGACACAAAUUGUACGUGACGAACCAGUCGAUCCGGUGGAGAACAACAAUAUCGAUCGUCACUAUAAUGCACGAGCAAAACGCGCCACGCCUCCACAGCCACAAAGCCAGCCGCGAGUCGAGAACCACGAAUUCAGUUAUUUCGACCCCGCUCUAGACGAAGAACAGCGUGCAAAUAGUCGUGCUGCCGAGGAACGAAAACCACGCAAGUUCUGCGAUGGCGGUGGAGUCUUUUGCACCUUAUACCGCGCCAUCCAAGGCGAUACUUCGGCCGCACCACAAGCCACAGCUGAACGUCGUGAGGAGAUCGGACCAAUACGUUAUGAGGGCCCACCUACACCCUGUCCUGCCAAAGUUGAAUAUGCCACACCAGUCUUCGCGAAAAACUAUCAGGGCUUCUGGCGUUACGUUGUGCAAAUUCCAUACGAGGGCUAUUUCACGCAAACCGUCGAAGUAACGCGCUGCAUACAAGCCCGUUGCCAUUACUUGGACGGCGGUUGUCUAUCCUCGCCGCGUUGGGUGAGCCUACUUGUCGCUGAAAUUUUCUACCCGAAUGCAGAGGACGCCGUGCCGACGACUUCAACGACCACACCAACGCCAUCCGUACAAGACUUCCAAGCUUACCAGCAAUAUCUGCAGAAACGAGCCGGCGUAGCAACCGCCUCUGAUGGUACCAGCUCAACCAGCAACGUCAACGCACCCGAAUACAAUCAACACUGUGAUGGGCACGAUGAUAUCGGCUGUUUUCAAGUGCGUUUGUACUACGAUUGGUUCCUGAUUCCCGGCUCAUGCAAGUGCUGGCGCCCAGACUACUUUGCCAAGUAUGUGCGCAGAAAGUCCGUAGCGGAUUUGUAAACGGAUCAGCGGUAACGCAAAAUACUCAUGUACACGUUAUCUGUUUGAAACGGAAAAUCUCAAAAAGUCUCCAACUGGACUUACUUAUUCUCCUGCCUUCUAAUUUAAUUUUUAAGCAUAAAUGCGCGGCGCUCCGUUGCCUUUAUGAGUUAGUUUAAUAUUAAAAACUGAUUGGUGAAGCUUUCAUUCUAAAAUUCCAGCUCAACACUAUCUGACUACAAACAUUAUAUUUUCCAGAUACUUGGAAUUUUCAGAAUUUUAACUUCGCAGCUACUAAUAUAUUUCAAUAUCUAAAUACCAACUAAUUAGUUUAAGCUCUUAUUUAACUAUAUAAGUUAGUACUAGCGCAUGCAUAUUUCCCGCAACCGUUGAGGUCAAUCAACUGAAAAUCGGGAAGCUCAGUAUCAUGCAGUUGUAUCGCUUCUACGUGUCUCUUUCUUUUGAACCUGAGUAUUUGACGAGUAUUUGAAAAAGUAGACCGUUUUUGGUAUUACUUCGAAAUUAUUCUAAGAAGCAUUUAUAACCUUAAAUAUAAAUAUUAAAUAACUGUAUCUUUACCUUUAUCUGAUAUUCAUAAUAAUUAUAGAAAUAUAAAACAACUAGUGU